CCCAGUGUGUUCUCGUGACAUUUUUCGGGAAAAUGCUUUUUUCCCAAGGCAAGUGUUUUCAAAUAAGAUCUCUCUCUUAAUCCAUACAUCAAAAGCAGAAUCCUCCCUCAAAUCCUUUACAGAGAGAAAGACCAACAUUUUUCCCCACUCUAACAAAUGGGCAAUCACAUAACAUCUUGCACUCCCAUCAUAUGCACCACUUCUUCAGGGAAAGUGAAAGUCAUGCGCGUCGAUGGAAGGGUAGAGGAGUAUACACGGCCCAUAAGGGUGGCCGAGCUCAUGCUAGAGAAUCCCCAAAACUUUGUUUGCUUUUCCGGUGAUCUCCAAUCGGGUCGCAGGAUUCCCGCCAUUCCCGCCGAUGAACAGUUAGAGGGAUGCAAACUUUAUUUCUUAUUUCCAAUGGAGAAACUUUACUCUGUACUUUGCGAAGAAGAGAUGGAGGAGCUUGCCGGUAUGGCUCUAGAGGUGACUAAGCCAAGUGGGGGUAAGAAUUUUGGAAGAAUUUUCCCAAUUUUUGGUGAAUUUUGCUUGUUUUCGCCCCAGGUUAAAGGGGUGGAAAUGAGAGAGGGUGAUCAUAAUAAGCCUGAACUGUUGACAAGGCAGAGAUCAAUGAAGUGGAGGCCGGCAUUGGAGACUAUUAGUGAAUUUCCAUGGAAGCAAUCACAUAGCUCUCUCUCUCUUCCUUUGGUGUAAAUAGCAUGGCUGAUUGCAACUGAAAAUUGCAAAUUUUUUCCCUUUGUAUCUGUAUUUGAGAUGAAGUUGCAUGAGUGUUAAUUGUGUUGAAACUGAGUUCAUCAU